UUCAUUGCAGACGAGUUUGUUUCGACUUUGUCAAAACAUUAACAGUGUAGGUGUAAUGAGAAGGAGAAACAUGGCUAGAAUUCAGUGGCUUUUUAACAUAAUAAACGUCAUAGCGUUGGUGACGUCACAGCUAACGGACAUUUCAAUAGUGACGUCGCAUCCGGAAGGGCUUGAGGAAAUAGUUGUGCCAAUGUGCAAGAAUUUCCUUCCGUACACUCAUACAAGACUGCCGAAUUCUCACGGACACACUACACAAGUAGAGGUCUACAGGCACAUCGAACAUUACUGGUCGUACAUGGAUUACGGUUGUUCGAUCAACUUUCGGAAGUUUGUGUGCGCCAUGUUUCUCCCCGAAUAUGACGUCAGCACUUCUCGCGCUGUUGGGCCAUGCAAAGAGCUGUGCAGCCAAGCUAAACGGAAGUGCAAAAAGGUCAUGCAGCAACUGCGCUCAAAGUGGCCCAAAAAUUGGAAGUGCAACAAAUUCAAGGGUGCAAACAGCAACGCCUGUUUGAAGCCGUGGCGUGAACCGAACCCGGACCGCGGGAGCGUCCAUCACCUCUACUGCUCCCCCAUCCGGAUCUCUCAGUGCCAGAACCUCCCGUACCACAUCGGCUCACUGCCGAACCUCUUUCUACAGCGUAAUAUCACGGAGCUUCAGACGGAGUUCGGUUACUAUGACUCCCUGCUCGCCACCGGCUGUCACGCACACCUGCGCCUCUUCCUGUGCGGAACAUACAUGCCGUUCUGUGUGCACAAUGCGAACCCGUUCACGAUCCCUUGCCGCGAGCUCUGCGAGGAAGUGGAGGCCGCUUGCGAGGUCCACUUCGCGCUUCUCAACGGCGGUCUCCCGUGGCCACAGAAGGUACAGUGCCACCGGUUCCCGUUGGCAGAGAGCCAGGAGCGGCUUCGCUGCUUCAUGCCCACGGACCAGCCGUAACAGAAGUUGACGACAGACCCGUAUGCAAAUAUUCCAAAGGACCUGUCAGACGCCAUGUCAUGUCCGGUUAAAAUCUUGAAAGACAUCAUGUCAAUUUGUCAGAAACACAAGGUAGAAACCCGUGAAUUAUAAGCAAUUUUAGUUAGACAUUUUGCCUCACAGCGCCCAAAUCUUCGCCAGGCAUCGAACUCUUUGUCCGUCCUAUCAGACUGUGUGGUAUGCCUUGUAUACUCUUCAUCGAGUAUAGCGCAACCAGUACUAUCACUAACCUAUAAUUACGACCAUUUAAUAAGGUCGUUGUCGUAAAAGCAUCAAGAAAGUAAAUGUACAAUAUAUCAGGCAAAACAUAGAUAUUUGAUCCGCGCUCUGUGAAAAAGGGGUUAAAUGCAUGUGCUUAAAGUAUCGUCCCAAAAUUAGCCUGUGAAGUCCCCACAUGCUAAUCAGGGACAACACUUUCCGCCUUAACUUGAUUUUUGAUAGGAAGUUUUCCUUAAACAUAAAAAAAAAUCAUAACAAAGGAAAGUGUCGUCCCUGAUUACCGUAGCCUGUGUGGAAGACACUGAACGCACAUGCAUUAAAUCCGUUUAUCACAGAGUACGGCCAAUAUAUGUCUGACAUGUUUCAUGUCAUUUACGCGAAAACAGCAUGUCUUCAAGUAGUUAAAGUGACAUUAUGGGCAUCUAAGAGCUUAUAGGUGUCUAUCGCAACCGUUGUUUAUUGUUGGUGUUUUCCCUUCAUAUACACUUGUAUCUGUUAAUGCAGCAUCAACAUACUAAAACAUUAUCCCGAAAAGAAAAAAAUAAUGCAUUUGAAUAUCAACCGUACUUUCGUUUGACAACUGAUCAUGCAUGUACGAUGUGAUACUAAAUUUAGUUUUAGUGCAGAUUCAUUCAUACGACACAAAGACACAAUUUUGUUUUACGGAUCAUUUCGGCUUACAGGACUGGGAUGGUCACGUAAGAAUAUCGAAUAUAAAAUAUAUUUUUAUAAACAACUGGUAGCAAGAUGAGUUGCAGAUAAUUAGUCAAUAACGACAUUUUAACUAACUCUUUUGACCUGUUAAUUCUUUUCAGCUCAAUUCAACGGUGUAAAAUGCCCAUAAUAUCACUUUAAGUAUGCCGAAUUUAAAAAGGUGCAUUUUACUCAACGGAAUCCUAGAGUUUUCCGAGGAACUAUUCAAACGAAAAGUUUGACGGCAUAAUUUUUAAGUAGCAUAAAUACUUAACGAAUAUUUCGUAAAAUAAAGUUAACCCAUAAGCAAA